AUGGAUGCUUAUAGUGAGUUUAUUGAGCCUAGCCGAGUGAAUCAAUGUGUUGGUUGUAACUUUAUAUCCUCAUCAAAGAAGCAUUUGAUUGUUGGAAAAGGUACGCUACUACAAAUAUUCGAUGUAGCAGGCUCUUCUUCAAGAUCACAUAAGUCAAAGUAUAAGCUCCGAUUGAUUGGGCAAUAUAAAUUACAUGGCUUAAUAACUGAACUUGUUCCUUUGCGAACGAUUGAGCAGCCAAAGCUUGACUAUUUGAUAGUUUCAACGAAGUACGCCAAAUUUUCAGUUAUCAAGUGGGAUCAUUUCUUGAAUUCUAUUUCAACAGUAUCCUUACAUUAUUACGAAAAUUCGAUUCAAAAUGCUACUUUCGAAAAGCUUUCCAAGACUGAUUUGAUAAUUGAACCCAAUAAUAACUCUUGUACGUGUUUACGGUUCAAGAAUUUACUUACAUUUCUACCUCUAGAAGUUAGCGAAGACGACGAUGAGUUGGAUGAGGAUGAAAUAGAUACAAAGAAAGAUGAUCAUGAUGUCCCAGAAAAAUUUUUUGAUUCAAGUUUCAUGAUCGAUGCCCAGUCCUUGGAUCCUAAUCUUGGAGAUGUAGUUGAUAUGCAAUUCUUGUAUAAUUACAAAGAGCCGACUUUAGCUAUCCUAUCACUGAAAGCACGUACUUGGGCAGGGCUUUUACCCGAAGUAAAAGAUAAUGUCAAUCUUUUCGUUUUGUCGUUAGAUUUGAGCUCUAAAACUUCGACAUCUAUUUUGAAAGUUGAAAAUUUACCAUUUGAUAUUGAUAGAAUAAUCCCCUUACAAUUUCCAUUGAACGGAUCGUUACUCAUGGGCUGUAAUGAAAUACUUCACGUUGAUAAUGGAGGCAUCGUUAGAAGAAUAGCCGUAAAUCAAUUCACAUCCUCGAUUACUGCUUCUACAAAGAAUUAUCUUGACCAGUCUAGCCUCAACUUGAAGUUGGAAAAUUGUUGCGUAACACCACUACCCAAUGACACAAGAGUAUUGAUGAUCUUAUCAAGUGGGAUAUUUUUUUAUAUCAACUUUGAAGUAGACGGUAGAGCCAUAAAGAAAAUAGAAAUAGAACCUAUCGAAGAUUCAAAAUAUAGUUCUGUGAAGUUGUCAUAUCCUACAAAAGCAGCGGUUUUGCAUAACAAUUUAAUAUUCAUUGCAAAUAAGAAUGGAAAUAGUCCACUAAUUGAGCUCAGUUAUCGGGAAAAUGAAAAAGGAAUAUUGGAGACUGAAAUCCAGAAUGAUGGAGACAUCACUUCAGUUCAUGAUGACGAUGAGGAUGAAUUGUAUGACGAGGAUGAGACAAAUGAUACCAAAAUUAUUAAGAUGGGAUCAAUUGACUUCGUUCUUCAAGAUGAGAUAUUUAGUCUUGGGCCAAUUUCUAAUUUCACCCUUGGACAUUAUUCUACAGAAAAGUUUGUAUCAAAUUUGGCAAAUCCGAAUUUUAAAGAGAUCUCAAUCGUCUGUAGUUCUGGAUCUGAUCAGAAUGCAAGUUUAAAUAUUUUGACUCCAAGUAUUCAACCGAAGAUAAAGUCGUCCUUAAGCUUUUCUCAAAUCAACAGAAUGUGGACCGUGAAAAAUAAGUUUUUGAUCACAUCCGAUGAUGCAAAUUCGAAAUCAGAAAUCUUUCAGGUAAAUAAGCGUUUUGCAAGGUUAAACUCUAAAGAUUUUAUCAAUAAUGAGCUAACAGUUGCCAUUCAUGAGCUCAAUAAUGGGAAAUUUAUAUUGCAGGUGACACCUCAUCAGAUUAUUUUGUUUUCAUAUAAUUUCAAAAAAAGAUUGUCAUUGUCAAAAGAAGUUCAGAAUGAGGAGAUUAUCUAUAGUACAUUCAGUGACGAAUUUCUCAUGAUUUUCUUGUCUAGUGGUGAAGUAUUGAUAUUCACGAUCAAUACUUACAAUGAAACAUAUUCUAAGAUAGACAUCCCAAAGAUAUUAUCAGACACUAUUAUUACUACUGGUUAUAUCACCAAUUCCAAUUUGUUGAAUGCAGUGCUGAAGGAUGUAAACUUGCUUUUAAACAGGGGUUCUAAAAGAAAAUUUGGUGAAAGAAAUGCUCCUAUAAGCAACUCUGAUUCCAGUAAGGUCUUAGGACCUAAGCAGAAGACGUUUAUCUUAGUGACUGGUGACAAUAGGAUCGUUGCAUUCAACAGAUUCCAUAACGAAAAAUGUUAUCAACUCAACGAAGUUGAUAAAUUUACCGAGAUUUUGAAUUUAGGUUUCUUCGAACCGAAAGAAACAUACCCCGAUCCUUUUAUAAAGCAAGUUGUAUUCGAUGAACUUGGAGAUUGGAACUGUAAGUCGGAAUAUUUGACUAUUCUAACGGUAGGGGGGGAAGUUAUUAUAUAUAAACUUUUUUUUGAUGGCGAGAAUUAUAAAUUUUUAAGAGAGGUAGACUUGCCAUUGACUGGAGCUCCUGCUAAUGCAUACCCGCUAGGUACUACAAUCGAGCGAAGAUUGGUGUAUAUCUCGAACUUGAAUGGAUAUACUUGCACACUUGUGACAGGUUUGAUACCUCACCUAAUUAUGAAGUCGUCUCAUUCUAUUCCACGCAUUUUUAAGUUUACGAAAAUCCCAGCUGUCUCUUUUGCACCUUAUUCAGAUUCAAAAAUAGACUGUGGGUUGAUCUUUCUCGACGAUAAAAAGAAUGCCAGAAUUUGUGAGCUACCUCUUGAUUUCAACUAUGACAAUAAGUGGCCCUGUAAAAGCAUUUCCAUUGGUGAGAGUAUCAAGAGUGUGACUUAUAGUGAAUCUUCAAAUACUUAUAUUAUUUCAUGUUUCAAAGAUAUUCCUUAUGACUGCUUAGACGAGGAAGGAAACCCAGUAAUAGGUAUCGAUAAAGAAAAGCCAUCUUCGUUGUCCUAUAAAGGAUCAUUGAAAUUAUUGUCGCCUUUCAACUGGACGGUUAUUGACUCCAUCGACUUUGAUGAUAAUGAGAUUGGGUUGAAUGUCAAGUCAAUGUCUUUGGAUGUCGGUCUGUCUUCAAAAAAGUUUAAGCAAAAGAAAGAAUUAAUAGUAGUUGGUACUGGGAAGUAUAGGAUGGAAGACUUGAGCUCAAAUGGCUCCUUUAAAAUUUAUCAAAUAAUUGAUAUUAUUCCAGAGCCAGAUAGACCAGAGACAAAUCACAAGUUUAAAGAAAUAUUUCAGGAGGACACAAGAGGUGCAGUCACGUCUAUUUGUGAAGUAAGUGGAAGAUUUUUAGUUUCUCAAGGUCAGAAAAUUAUCAUUCGUGAUUUACAAGAUGAUGGCGUAGUUCCAGUCGCAUUUUUAGAUACAGCAGUCUAUGUUUCAGAAGCAAAAAGUUUCGGAAACUUACUCAUCUUAGGUGACUCUUUGAAAAGUGUCUGGUUAGCGGGAUUCGAUGCAGAACCAUUCAGAAUGAUUACUCUAGGAAAAGAUUUACAAUCUCUAGAUGUAAACUGUGCUGACUUCAUCACAAAGGAUGAAGAUAUCUACAUUCUAAUUGCUGACAAUAAUAAUGUCUUACAUCUUGUGCAAUAUGACCCUGAAGACCCAACGUCUUCCAAUGGUCAAAGACUAAUCCAAAGGGCCUCAUUCAAUAUAAACUCUACAGCUACUUGUUUGCGAUCAAUACCGAAGUAUGAGGAAUAUAACCAGACGUUUCAAGAAAAUUUUCAGGUUAUUGGUUCCACUGUUGACGGUUCUUUUUUUGCAGUAUUCCCGUUGAGCGAAUCAACUUACAGAAGAAUGUACAUUCUACAGCAGCAAUUGACUGACAAAGAAUAUCAUUACUGUGGUUUGAAUCCAAGACUAAAUAGGUUUGGUGGUUUAUCUUUCAGCGAGAAUGAUACUAAUAGUAAACCCCUCCUAGAUCAUGAUGUCAUCAAGACAUUUGCAAGACUCAGUGAUGACAGAAAGUUAAAUCUUGCUUCCAAAGUUAGCUCCAAAAACAUAUAUCUGGAUAUCUGGAAAGACUUAAUUGAAUUUGAAAAUGUAUUAAAAUAUUUAUAG